CACAGAGGGAGAAUAUGUCGGGAUUGUGCAGGUCGGGAUCCCGGUGUCGGUAUUUCAACCGCCGGGAUUCCGUCCGGCGGGAUCUUGACCGCAUCCCCUCCUGUCUUAUCCCAGGCAGAGAUACGUACAGUUACCGCGCCUGUGCGGGAUAUUCUCGUAUCUCGUGCUUGGACGCGAGAUUUCCCGGCGCAGGCGCAAACCAGGCUGCUGAGUCCCUGAGUGGUUCCGUUGAGUACCGGCUGCUGGGAAAGAGCGCCCUUUCUACUCUAUCGUCUCCCGUCGGCGGGCGGCGCCGGCCAUGGCUCUCAUCCUGCAGCCGGCUCCUGGGCAGCUGCGGGUCGGGGCUGUGUGAGCGGAGUACAUGCCGGGAGUCUGGUGCUGUGAUCCGAGUUGCUGACUUCCUGAAGAAGUUCUCAUUGGAUGUGAAGAAUGAGUGUGGUGUCUGCAGAGGUGAAUAAUGCCCUCCCUGAUGAGAUCAUGGAGACCAGCAUGUCCAUAGUAGAUGAUGACAGCAUUGAGGCGAUCACGAUCACCUCUCCCAUGGCGGAGGAGGUCCCUAUGGAGACAGAGCUGGAGGAGUGUGUGGAAGUUAAUAUUAGUGACACCUGUGUUCCUAUGUCAACUGUUCAUGAAGAGGUUCCAACCCCAAGUAACCAUGCCAGUCGUCUGGCAGUAGUAAGCGUUGCUUCAAAGCCAAGUCCUGGUCCUUCAGCCUCAGCUAUGAAAACGGUCUUGCAGAGUGGCAUUCACAAGCUGGGGUCACCCUUGUCUGGACAGGUAAUCCUCAAUAAGGCCUCCGAGCUUACCCCUGGGAACCGUGUUGUGAAACAAGAGAAGCUGAUAGUGACGACUCUGGGCAAGUCCAACCAUCCCAUUGUGCUGAUUCCACAGAGCCAGAUGUCUGGUGCGCACAAAGCCACGCAAAUUCAGCAUGUGGAUUUUAAGGGGACACCACAGCAGAUCAAGCUGGUCACUAUUGGAGGCCGUACUGAAGUAAAGCCUGUACUGGCUAUGUCCUCAUUAUCGUCUGCUCAACUAAUUAGUCCUACUGCCAAGUCCUCCAUUCUCCAGGGUCAGCAUAUACAGAAUGUGCAGAUUGCAAAGAAAGUUCCUGCAUCUUCAUCUGGUGCUGUUAUUACCAAGCUGAUAAUUGCAAAGCCAUUGAACAGCAAGCCUCUUGGCUCUGGACAGACAACCCAAGUGUCUUCUGUGUUUGCAGGCAAGGUUCUUACUCAUGUCAGUUCUGGAGCUACAGCCAAAGCAAUAGCUAUCAGUGAGAGCGGAGGAGUCAUUGGUACAUCUACCACAACUCAGACAUCCAAUAAAAUUGCUAUAUCCCCUCUAAAGUCUCCUCCCACCAAGGUCACAGUGGUGUCUGUUGGAUCUCAACUUGCUAACUCCCCUCAAAAAACUGUUGGAGUUCCCAUAAGUGUGGCCCUUACACAGCAGCUUCUGACUAUGCAGUCAUCAAGUUCUUCUCCUGCAAAGGCCAUCACCAACACAACAGCUGUUCAGUCUAUUAAACCAGGGGUUCAAACUAUAACAGUUAGUGGUGUCAACACACCUCAGUUCAAAACAAUCAUACCCCUUGCAGCCGCUCCAAAUGUGCAGCAGAUCCAAGUUCCCGGGAGCAAAUUUCAUUACGUCCGACUCGUGACUGCUUCCACAGCAAGCAACACCACAUCUUGUCAGAACCCCAGCACCAGCACACAGCCUCUCCAGCAAGCAAAACCAAUGGUGGUCAAUGCAACUCAUGCACGGAUGUCUGUUCCCAUUGUCCCAGCUCCAGCUGUCAAACAAGUUGUCCCAAAGACAAUUAGUGCAUCUUCGCAGAUAGUGACUACGAGCCAACCACAGCAGCGACUUCUAAUGCCUGCUACACCACUGGCACAGAUCCAGCCCAACCUUAACCUUCCUCCCGGUACUGUGCUGACACCUGCUACUGGGACUGGAAACAUGGGUUAUGCUGUCCUGCCUGCUCAGUAUGGUAUCCAGCUGCAACAGUCAUAUGUAUCCAUAGCAAGCAAUGCAGGAAUAUCCAGUACACAGAGUUCACAGAACCAGUCCAGGGUGCCAUUGAAUGGCAUUAUUUCUUCGGAUUCAGCAAGUCGUCCAAGAAAGCCGUGUAACUGCACAAAGUCAUUGUGCUUAAAAUUAUAUUGUGACUGUUUUGCUAAUGGAGAAUUUUGCAACAACUGCAACUGUACAAACUGCUACAACAACCUGGAGCACGAGAAUGAACGACAGAAAGCAAUUAAGGCAUGCCUAGAUAGGAACCCAGAAGCUUUUAAACCAAAAAUAGGAAAAGGAAAGGAAGGCGAAUCUGACAGACGACACAGCAAAGGCUGCAACUGCAAACGAUCAGGAUGCCUGAAAAACUACUGUGAAUGCUAUGAGGCUAAAAUCAUGUGCUCCUCAAUAUGCAAGUGCAUUGGGUGUAAAAACUUUGAGGAGAGCCCAGAGCGCAAGACCCUAAUGCACCUGGCAGAUGCAGCAGAAGUGAGGGUGCAACAGCAAACUGCAGCCAAAACGAAGCUGUCCUCACAGAUCUCUGACUUGCUGACGAGGCCAGCUCCAUCGCUGAGUAGCGGAGGAGGAAAGCUCCCGUUCACUUUUGUCACAAAAGAAGUCGCUGAGGCUACUUGUGACUGUCUUCUGGCACAGGCUGAGCACGGAGAGAAACUCGCAAAUUCCAAAGCUGCCACAGAGCGUAUGAUCCUAGAGGAGUUUGGCCGUUGCUUAAUGAGGGUGAUUAACUCUGCGGGGAAAGCAAAGAGUGAUCCUUGUCCAAUGAGUUGCUAAGUAAGACAGACUGACCAGCACCAGUGAUCAGUUAUUGUGGCUACGAGGGGGAGAGGGCUCAUAAUGUAUAGAGAAAUCACUGCCACAAAGUACAUAAGCCUUUGCUCUCCAUCCAUGGAAGUCCCAGAAUCCCAACGUGCUGGUCUUGAAAGUGACAUUCUACAAUGUACAUUGCAACAAAAAUAAUAGAUUUUAUGAAAAAUAAUUUUACUUUUAAAUCUUAUAGUUGUCUUAUGUUCAUCUCUCACUCUUUUAUAUUCUGAACAGAUGACGACACCCUAGUGGUGAAUUCUUGAUUUGUGUUUGUUCUGUUUCCCGUCAUGCUAUGUUUUCUUAUAAGCACUGUGUGUGUGUAUUAUAUUAGACAAAAUUCUCUUUUUUUUUUUUCCAUUUUUGGUCAAGUAUGGUAAAUUCAAAGUGCAGUGUGGAUUGCUGUGCUGUUGUAACCACUGGCAAUAGCUACAUGUUAAUAGAGGUGUGUAGUAAUAAAUGUUAGGCCUUUUUAUCAACAUGAGAAGUUUAGGAAAGGUGGCAAAAAUCAAUGUUUCAUCUUGCAGAAGGUAAGGAGACUCCUUUUGGAGUAGAUAUUAUAGCAGAGAUUGCUGAGAAGAUACAGAUUACCUGAUGUUUGAUCUCUGCUACGUAGUAGUCUGUACCUACAACAUAACUAUUGUAAGCAAUUAGGAAAAUAAAUGGCUUAUUAUAAGUGUUUGUUAAGCUAAAAAGGAGAAAAUAAUAAGCUUGCUUGGCUUUUCCCAUUAUCGUUUAAUUUUAUCAACCACUUAGAGCAAUCUAUGCAAUGAUAAGCAAAACUUGGUCCUUUUACGAAUGAGUUUUUCACUACUUCACCAUACAUCCGCAAAUAAGAGAGCCUAUUCUCACGUCCUCCUGUGUGCAGGGAAAGCACGGUGUACAUAUGCCAAGCACAGUUCAGUUAAGGUGACUGGUCUUAUUUAUAUAUGAACGAUAAUGUCAAUAAUCAUUUUAGACUGUGGUGGUAUGUUUUAUCAUAAGCUAUGGGCGGCACAGUUUGCAUGAUCAUAGAUUACCGGCAAUUGAGUAGGCCAAGACUGGAAAUUGAAAUCAGUAUUUUUCUAACACAGGACCAGUUUGGAUAGGCAAGCUCACCUUUUUAACUGUGUUCCUUUUAAACUGUUCUGCUUUUAAAUUGGAGUUCCACUCUAUUUUUAUCUCUCAAUUGUUAGAUUUUUUUUUUCUGCUUCGUGGUAGAAAUCAUAUUAAACUUAGAAGUAUUUCUGCAGGGGUAAAUGAAAAUGUCACCAUUAGGGUUAUUAUGCAAAAUAUCUAAGCAUGUAUCUAAAAGCGGAUUACUCUUUCUGGUUGUCACCAUGUCAUUGGUCCAGUCAUCACCACUCAUGCUGAGGAUAUGAAACCUGUGAUGCCAGCCUAAAUAAGGGGUCUUUUGAGGGGAUGUAGUUGGAAUCCCGACAGUCAAAAUACCAACUGUCGGAAUCCCAUCCGCCAGAAUGCCGGCAGCGCCGCCACAGCUAUUCCUACUCCUGGGUGCUCACAACACCCAUGGAGUGGGAAUAGAACCUAAGGAGAGAGUAGCGAGCCCCUCAAGGGGCUUCAUUCCACUCACCCCCCUGCCCGGCAUUCUGACGGUCGGGAUUCCGGCAUCGCUAUUUUGACCGCCGGGAUCUCGUACCCAACCCCUUUUGAGGAUUGUCCAUAUUUGAUAUGGUUUUCUUUGUAUGGGGCAAUUAUGAUUAGGCAGAUGUGUUAAAGGCACACUCCUUUUUACCUUGUAGGGCAUAUCAGUAGGAAGUAUGACCCUUUGUUUUAGUGUGCUAGGUAGGUAAACAUAGCCUGUUAGGAUUGCCCUUAUUCCGGAGUGAUCAGCACCAAGAUGCACCUUUUAUGAUAUAGUUGGCCACACACCCAGUUUGUUGCAUAGUGAGGCAGGGAUGUGCUCCUCACGUGGAUGGCAACUUGGUGAAUAUAGCGAAUAGCAUUAUUAGUAUUUGUUUGUCCCCAGUGUACUCUGUAUUUGGGGACUAUUUCAGUAAGAAAACAAAACUUUAUAUUGACACGUAAAUUAAAGCUUCAGUGAACCGCAUUAUCAGUGCUGCCAUUAUUGCAGGAAAUCAGCGUAAAUUCCGUUUCUUUCAUGAUACUAGUGUAAAGCAAAUCAAGGCAAUUAGAAAAUGUUCUAGUCUCACUAUAUUACUAAUGACUGCAAAAUGUAACCAUGUUUUCCACUUUUGCUAGCAAACAAUCAAACUAGUGUGGAAAUAAUGAAGAGUUAAACAGUUAUAGAACAGUGUUUCCCAACCUUUGUCCUAGAGGCAUGCUAACAGUCCUGGUACAGUCCAUGCUUAAGCACAAAUGGUUAAAUCCAGAUAACCGAGGUACUAAUUAAGUCCAUCUGUGCUGAAAUAUGGUUAUCCUUAAAACCUUGACUGUUAGUGUGCCUUAAGGACCAUGGUUGUUCAUCACUGCAUUAAGAUGUUUAAUUUGGAUUUCUGGGGGGUUAGGGGGUAGUAUACGUUUUGUUUAGAAUGUAGUUUUAGAAACAUGAGCACUUACAGAAGGUAUCCACAAAUCUAAAGUUGAAGAUUGUUGCUAAUCGUCAUUUUGUUCCUGUGUAUAACAAAGCAAGAACACCACCUUGGGAUUAAAAAGGGAAAUUAUUAAAAUCCAUAAAUCUCCCAUCUUUCUGUGCGAUAACUUUAUUUGUGCAUAGCAUUAAUUCUGUAACUGUCAACAAUGUAUAAAUGUAUAUUAGUGUGUGUAGAUUAUGAAAAAGAUUUCACUUUGUGUUUUGUAGUGCAAAAGCGAUUAGUGUUGUACAUAGUCUGUGCUUAAUCCCCUCUAUUGCACCUUUUUUGUGAUGUGUAUUUAUACUUUUGUGCAGAAGAAUGUGAAUUUUAAAAUGCAGUUGUAGAUUAUGUAUAAUGACCCUUUUGGCUUGUGAAAUUAAGGCGCCAACGAUGCUUCUAGUUUUAUAAACUAUAAUUCGAUUCUGAGUUUCAGUAUGCCAGUAUUAAAGUGAAACUAAACCCAUAUAUGUCAAACACUGUUUUUUAAUUUCUAUACAUGCAACAACAAACUUUCCAUAAUAUCACUUGCCGAUUAGAAUCUGUAAAAGAGAUACAGGGUGAUUCAAAAGUCACAGUACACCCUUUUGUUUCAAAAACUGUGCUCGAAAUGGGAAAAGUGACUUAAAUUCAAGAUGGACGAUUUCAAGAUGGCAUCCAUUUUUGGUACAUACCCUAAGAGAUAGCCCACCUCAUUCAUACCUUAUUGGAGUAUUCAGUUUUCUUAUUUCCUGCACAGUUUUUGAAACAAAAGGGUGUACUGCGACUUUUGAAUCACCCUGUACAGUAGUUCAUUGUCUGCAAUAUGGGUAUGCAAUCUGUGGCACUCUGGCUGCUCUGUAACUACAAAUCAUAGCGUGCUCUGACGAAACUAAAAUGCUGACAAUGCUAAAACUGUGGAAUGGCAUGCUGGGAUGUGUAGUUUCACAGCAGCUGGAGUGCCUCAAGUUGCCUACCGCUUAUCUGCAAGAUGAAAAAAAUGGAUUUAGUUCCACUUUAGAUCUGUACUCAGGACAUUAUCUAUCCCCAUCAGUUUAUUUUACUUAAUCCUAAGGGGAGAGCAAGUGGAUCAAUCAGUAAAACAUGUAGCUGUUUUUAGUCACAUACAGAGCAACAUGUUCCAGAUUGACUUCCCGCAUAAAGGAGACACUUGGAUAACACAAUGAGUGUCUUAAAGGCCGGUAUGAAAACAGUGCACUAAGCUGUGAUUGCUGUUUAUCACAGUGAUCUAUGUAUAUCUUUACAGAUUUAUGUGAUACUAGGCUAUGCAGCUUGGUUGCGUUUGACUUUUUGUUUAAAUUUUGGGCAAAAAAAAAAAACUAAAAAAAGAAAAACUUUUUUUUUUUUUAUUACUCCUGUUGCACACAUCUGCUGAGUAAAGUGUAUGGUCGCAUGCAUUCACCUUUUAUUCUUUUUGAAGAUCCUUUUGUCUUUUUCUAAUGCUGUGUACAUCUGAAAGUAGAAUAACAGACAAUUUAUAUUUACUAGGACUAUUCAAAGAUAAUACUUUCUAUAUUGUACAAAGGAAGAUAAAUCGCAAAGAAAAAAUAAACAUUUAUACUAU